AUGGCGCGCGACUAUCCGAAGGCCCUCGGCCUCCUCUUCCAGUUGUCUUCAAACCGCCAGAUCACCAAUCUCUUCGACAAACCAGACGCCCCAGCCGCGCCUCGGCCUUCAGCUCAAGACCUCAACGCUGCAGCCAUCCCGGAGAUGCGUGACUGGCUCCGCCGUGCUGGAUACACGCCGCAGGACCUAGCACGCUUGCGGCAUAUUCACAUCGCGGGAACCAAGGGCAAAGGCUCAGUGAGUGCGUUCGCGACGGGGAUGCUGCGCGAGUAUGGCACCGUCGGCACGUACACGAGCCCGCACCUCGUCAGCGUCCGGGAGCGAAUCGCCAUCCAGGGGGAGGCGAUUUCGCAGGACGCGUUCACAGGGGCAUUCUUCGAGCUGUGGGAUCGCUUCACUGAUGCGGCGAGGAGCGAGGGCAUGGACGCGGCUGAGGCGGAGGGGCCAUCGUCGAAACCCUUCUUUUUUCGGUUCCUGACGAUUCUGGCCUGGCAUAUCUUCUUGAAGCAGAAGGUGGAUUGUGUCGUCUUGGAGUGUGGUAUUGGAGGAGAGUACGAUGCAACGAAUCUACUUCCACCAGAAGCUGUUUCUUCGGCGGUGAUCACACAACUGGGCAUCGACCAUGUAGCCAUGCUAGGAGACACUGUCGAGAAGAUUGCCUGGCACAAAGCUGGGAUCCUCAAGCCCAGUGUCAAAGGUUUCGUCCGGAGAAUAGGCGAACAACCCGGCGUCAGGGAGGUUCUUCGAUCAAGGGCGGCUGAGAAGAGCGCCAACCUGGUCGAGCUCGACGAUAGCUUUGUCGAGCAAUGGGGCGGCGUGCAGGGGAAGCUGGCGGGCGAUUUCCAGAAAUACAACCAAGCUCUAGCUGUCCUAGCCGUGCGGGAAUAUUUCGGCAUGGAUACCAAUCCCGCGACUGCAUUAUUGGAUAUUCCCGAGAAGAUGGUCAAGGGCCUCACCGAGGCAACGCUGCGAGGACGAUGCGAGACCAUCCAGGACGGCCCUGUCAGUUGGUGUGUUGAUGGUGCUCACACAAAAGACAGCUUACAACAGGUGGCCAAGUGGUUUGCCCGAUCUCUCGGCCCUGGUGAGACUGCCACACUCGUAUUUAACCAGCAGGAGAGAGAUGUCUCGGAGCUCCUCGCAGGAUUUCUCGAUGCUGUUAAAGAGGCUGUAGGGAGGGACAAUGUUUUCAAGCAUGCCCUUUUCACGAGGAACGAUCAGCAAGGCCCUGCCGAAGGCGAAGUGAGGAAUUUGGAGGUGCAACAUCGCGCAGCUCGCUUGAUGGGUAACACAGCCCCUGGCUGCGAUUCGAAGGCUUUGGAUAAUAUGCAGGAUACAGUGACGGAGGCGAGACGAAUCGCCGAAAGAGAGGGACCAAAUCACAAGGUAUUGGUGACGGGUAGCUUGCAUCUUGUGGGGGGUAUCUUACAGGCCCUAGAGCCCGAGGGUCUAUUGUAG